GGGAAAACUAGUUUAAACCGAUGAGUUCAGUUCCAGUUUCACAUUGGUUGUCAAUUGACCUACUCUGACGAACACUUGUCUUUCAAAAAGUUCGUCAAAAUGGAGCUGGCCCUGAUAGUCUUGGUUUUUGGCCUCGCUUCGAGUGGUUUGGCCUCCACUUUAUCGAGGCCUUUGGGGACACUUUCUGCUGACCAACCCGUGAUUUUUGAACUGUACUACGAGAGCAUGUGUCCCGAUUGUCAAGACUUUGUCCUUCAUGAAAUGGGAUUGAAUCAGACAUGGAGCAUUCUAAAAGAUACUGGCAUCAUGGAAGUCCGCAUCUACCCCUAUGGGAAUGCCCAACAAGAACAGUUGCCCGAUGGUUCUUGGAACUUCACCUGUCAACAUGGUCACAGAGAAUGUCUGGGGAACAUUGCCGAGGCUUGUAUCCUGGACGAGGCACAAUACGAUCCUGCUCUUUUCAUGAACGUAAUCGCUUGUAUGGAGGCAUCCAAUGAUCCUGCCGAUGCCACUGAGGCAUGUGUGAAGCAAUGGUCAAAGCUAGACUAUGAUCAAAUCAAUACUUGCCGAGAGGGACCCAAGGGGAUAAAAUUGCAUCACGAGAUGGGACUCAAGACCGAGAGCCUCGACCCAGAGCACAAUUUUGUGCCCUGGAUUGUUGUGGAUGGAAAGCACAGCAAUGAUAUUCAAAAUCAGGCCCAAGACAACUUGCUCAAAUUCGUAUGCGAGUCAUUUGGUGGAGAGAAACCCAGUGAGUGUCAAGAAGUCAAGAGUGUUUGGGAUCGAAUGCUUGCUUUGUACCAGAGGAUCAAAAUCGAUAUACUUUGAAAGCUCGACCUUCGAUAAGGGACAAAUAAAAUGGGAUUUUAAUAGA